CCUCCCUCCCGGAAGCGGCGCACGCGGACGGUAGGAGAGGGGCCCACGCGUGUUCGCGGCGCCCGGCCCACCUUCCCCUUCCCUCUGUGCCCCUUUCCCGCCCAUCCGCGCCGCCAGCCCGGUGUUGUCUGUGGAGCUGAGCGCGGUGUUUUCCCCCAGGGCCCCGCGCUCGUCUCCCGUGCCCGUGGGCUGGGGCGGGGUCGCCCCCCCCCCCCCCCCCCCAACCCGGCUGCGGCUUGAGGCCGGCCCGCCUCCCGUGAGCAAGUCGCCGGUGCCUGCGCUGGCCACUCUCCCGCCCCGCGUGGAAUAAUGGCGCAAGCCCUCAAGCCCAGCGUUUGGAGGGCCGUGGGGCUGUCACCCGCGCCCCGCGGCCGCUGGUGGAGUGGGGGGAGGUACCGCUCCACUCAGGAGCCGCGCCCCCCGCCUCUCCCACUGCCGGCCCCGGGUGGGGAUGAGGAAGGGCCCCCACGAGGUGGGGAGGGCGGCAGUCGGCUUCCCCCACCAGCCCUCCCGGCGGUUUCUCGAGUGGCGGGCGACCCCCGCACCUCCACGCAGAGCCACCCACCAGCGUGGCACAAGCCCUGCGAGCGUGGGGCCAGGCGGGCUGCGGCAGCUCACGGGGAGCCGUGGGGCUCGCGCGAGGGCGACUCCUGGAAGGCGAGGAAGAGGCCGGAGCGAAGGCCGCUGCCCACGCAGAGGACCAGGGGCUCGGAGAUCCUGUUUGGGGUGGCCCCCUGCUCCCUGGCCCUGGCUCAGGCGCGAAGGGACCCGCUCAGGCUCUUCCUCAAGCAGAGCAGCGGCCCCCGGCGCCUUGUGAUGAGCGAGUUCGUCCUUCAGGCCACGGCCCGCGGCGUCCCCGUGCACCACGUCCCGCGGAGAGAGCUGGACGCUCUUUGCGGGGGCCGGGUCCACCAGGGAGUUUGUUUGGAGGCCACCCCUCUCCGUUUCAAGAGUUUGGAAGAAGCUGAAAAGUCUGAUCUGGGGCAUGAGGGGAACCCGAGCAGGCAGCUGGUUUGGCUGGUGUUGGAGGAGAUCCAGGAUCCCAUGAACCUGGGGGCUCUGCUGCGCUCCGCGUACUUCUUGGGGGUGGACAGAGUGGUGGCAACCCAGAGGAACAGCUGCCCCUUGACUCCGACAGUGAGCAAAGCUAGCUCUGGAGUUAUGGAAGUCUUCGAUGUCUACAGCACAGAUGAUCUCCAAAGCUUUUUGAAGACUAAAACUGCAGAAGGCUGGGAAGUCGUGGGAACGGUCAGCAAGCCUGAGGAUGCGGAAAAUAUUCCUGUCAUGAAUUGCUUGGAAUUUCAGUGGAAUAAACCCGUUAUUAUAGUAAUAGGUAGCGAAGGCGAUGGGCUUUCCCUGGAGACGCAGCUCUUGUGCCAUCGGAUGCUGGCCGUACCCCCUGGCAGAGCGCUUCACCCCGGGAUCGAGUCGCUGAACGUCUCUGUUGCUUCAGGUAUUCUCCUCCACUCCAUCUGCAGCCAAAAGCUGAGGCACUGACAUUUUUUUAUAUUUGGUGGGGGAAGCUGCUCGGCGUUUCGUGGCUGUGCUCUGCUGGUGUGGAUGUGGAAGUGCUUUUUCCAGGGUCUUCACCGUCGCUGCAAGUUAACAGCGAGAGCCCCACUGACCUCAGCUGCAUCUUGGCUGACACACGUUGCCACCGGAACCCUGGGCUUAACGCCGAAGUCAGACACCUGCACGGACUGGGUAACACCUCCCACCGGCACCACGGGGGAGCAGCUGCAAGGGAGACAAAGAUAGGUUUUUUAAAAGCAGACAGCCAAAUCUUUCAGUUCUUGCAGUAAAAUACCCGGUGACGGCUGCGAGCGUUGUGCUCGUUGCACGGGGGACUUUGUAUAUCGCUCGGGAUUUUGUACAUCACUCGUGCUGUGGAGAGAAUUCGGGCUGUAGGCGAGAGACGGGACUGAGAGCAGCCGAGCCCCGUGCCCACCCGAGCCCACCCUUAGCAGCCGAGAGGGUGCUGGUGAGAGCCAGGUAUGAUUUUGGGACUACUCGGUAGCAAUUUCUUUACAGAGGCGGUUUCUCUGUUACAUGUAGCUGCUCGAAUGUCUGAAAACACACCGUGUUGUGUUUGGUUGGAAGCCGGGUCCGCAGCCCUGCCGAGGGCUGGACGGGAGCUGUUAGAAAACGGCCGCAGCGGGGAAAAAACGCAGCCCAGUGAAAUAAAGGCUCUGUGAAGAUUGGCUGUA